UCUUUGCAGGCGGUGGGUAAUGGCUUUUACAUCGUCAGAUAUGCCUUUCAAGAGCCCCCAGGCCCGGAUUUGGAAGAACAAAAUGCCCGGGUAGGAGCUGGCUUCCCGCGGGAUCGCGCAACCGGCCACCGGGUGUCGCGAGAACCGGGGCGGCCCCUUAGCGACCCUAUAGGCCGGGCAGGCCGGGCACGCUCCGCGGGGCUGGCGGUUUAGGCGGGCUUGCUUGGGCCAGCGAGGGCGCGGGGCUCCAGCGCUCGGGGCUGGCCCCCGCCGCUCCGGGCAGGCGCGCCUAUGGCGUUUCUAAGGUGACGCUGCGCACACUGACUCUCCGGGGGCGGAGGAAACACCUAUGAACCCUUCGGCCUCCUUCCUGGCCGGGCGCCAGAACACCGGAUCAGAAAUUGAGAUUUCCACUAUCGAGAAACAACGGAAAGAACUGCAGCUGCUCAUUGGAGAAUUAAAAGAUCGAGAUAAAGAGCUCAAUGAUAUGGUUGCAGUACAUCAGAGACAACUUCUUUCGUGGGAAGAGGAUCGGCAGAAAGUGUUGACUUUGGAAGAACGUUGCAGCAAGUUAGAAGGUGAACUACAUAAAAGAACUGAAAUAAUUAGGUCACUCACAAAGAAGGUAAAAACCCUUGAAUCCAAUCAAAUCGAAUGCCAAGCUGCUCUUCAAAAGACUCAGCUACAACUUCAGGAAAUGGCUCAAAAGGCAACCCAUUCCUCUCUCCUUUCUGAAGAUCUUGAGGCUAGAAAUGAAAAUCUCAGCAACACAUUAGUGGAACUUUCUGCUCAGGUGGGUCAACUGCAAGCUCGAGAACAGGCUCUUACCACCAUGAUAAAGCUAAAGGACAAAGACAUUAUUGAGGCAGUCAAUCACAUUGCUGACUGUUCGGGUAAAUUUAAACUGUUAGAGCAUGCCUUACGCGAUGCCAAGAUGGUGGAGUCCUGUAUUGUGAAGGAAAAGCAAGAUUAUAAGCAAAAAUUGAAGGUACUUAAGAUGGAAGUCAACAAACUAAAAGAGGAUCUCAAUGAAAAGACAACAGAAAAUAACGAACAGCGAGAAGAGAUCAUUCGCCUCAAGCAAGAGAAAAGUUGCCUGCAUGAUGAACUAGUUUUUACUGAAGAGAGAGAAAAAAGGAAAGAUGAGUUACUUGAUAUCGCAAAGUCAAAGCAGGAACGCAUGAAUGCAGAACUGCACAAUCUGAGACAGAUUUACGUAAAACAACAACGUGAUCUGCAGUUUCUUAAUUUCAAUGUGGAAAAUUCUCAGGAAUUAAUACAAAUAUAUGACUCAAAGAUGGAGGAAUCAAAGGCCCUGGAAUCCAGCAGAGACAUGUGUUUAUCAGACCUUGAAAAUAACCACCUAAAAGUCGAUUUUAAGAGGGAGAAAAAUCAGAAGUCACUGGUUAAGGACCAAAAAUUUGAGACCACGUUGGUUCAGCAAAAUAGGUCAGACAAGAGCUCUUGUGAUGUAUGCAAAGAGAAGAAACUACAGGUUAAUACUUCAUUUGGGGGAAAAAGUGUAAUUGCUAUCUCAUCUCUGUUUGCAAAAGACUUAGUGGAGAAACAAAAGUCUUGGUCUUUGGGAGCAAAAAUCCAGACUGAACCAGAAAACACAAGUACAUUUUGCAAGAUCCAUGCAAAGUCACCAAAAGGUAAUGGAAUUGGGGUUCAGAAUGAAGAGAAACAACUCUCAGAGACAUCAACGUCUGUAUCCGACGAAAAGUGGCAUGACGUCAGUGUUUACUUGGGCCUGGCCAACUGUUCCGCCUCCAAACAACCAGAAAAGCUGGAUACCGAAUGUCACGAUCAGCUGGAGAGGUCUAAAGUCUCCUGUUGCCAUAAAAAUGAAGCCUGUCUGGAUGAAAGUAACAUGUGGGAGUCCAAGUGCUGCCACCCGAGUAACUUUGUGAUUGAAGCCCCUGGCCACAUGUCUGAUGUGGAGUGGAUGAGCAUCUUUAAGCCUUCCAAAGUGCAGAGGGUCGUUCGCCACAAAUCCGUGUGCACUUGUGCCGAAAGUGCCAGUGGAACCAAAUAUAACUCCUCCACCAGUGAGCUGAUUGCCAUCCAACAUUCCCGAUGUUUGGGUUCUUCCCAAUCUGCCUUAAGAGAGGAUGAGAAGUUGAGAGAGACAGAGUCCUCUUCUGAUAAAAAGAACUCACCUAAGAUGUUGUUAAUUAACAAAGAUGCAGCAUUGCCCAGUGAAAAGGAUGACUUUUCACCCACAAGUAAGCUUCAGCGUUUGCUGGCAGAAUCUCGUCAAAUGGUCACUGAUCUGGAACUGAGCACUCUGCUCCCCAUCAGCUCUGAGAAUCUCAGCAGUGGCGCCAAAAACAAUGUGGAAGUCUCAGAAGAAUCAGCUGAAAAAAAUACCCUUCUCAGUAAUUGAAGAAAACAAAAGCCAACCUCAGAAUUCAUUGUGAUCAUGGAAGCUGAUUUCUCAUCCAUGUGGAAGGCAGGAAGCAGACAUCAAUACCUAAUACUUAACCUUGCAAACAAAAAGAGGGUUGUAAUCCUUCGUAAGCAAUAUUUAAUACCAGAGAGGAGCAGAAACUGAAAGUUAAUUUUCAAACAUCUAUAUUUUGUUUGUUUUCAGGUCAACCAUUUCCAUGUGUAAGACAUAUUUUUCAUGUAUAAGAACUUAGCCCUUAUUGUAUAUUAUGUAUAAUAUACAAACUUAGAAUUAUGCUAAGAGAGAAAAAGGUUCUCUGUAAAGAUGCAGACAACAGUUAAAUACUAGAAAAAUCUCUUUAAGAGUGUGAGCAUCGCAUGGAGGAUCCUUGCAUAGAAAAUGCUGUUUUAACUAUCUGAUUUUUUUAAGCCUGUGCAUACAUUUAAAUUAUAACCAGUAGCUUACCAGAGUCGGUUCCAAAUACAUGAGAAAUGGUACUGUCUUGCAGUUUUACCCCUGAACUUUGCUGUGUAAAUAGAUUUAAAAUGCUAUAAUACGAAAUAUGUUUAACUGAAAACUAUCUCCUGGGUUACGGACAUUCGAGGUCCUUCUGUUCCAAAAGCUGAGCAGAGCCCCACCUUGUGUGGGUCAGUAGCAGUCCCAUCAAUUUAUACAAACAAAAGCUUGCUGGAAGAUCAAAUUUUAUAUAGAUUUUUUUUUAUCAUUAAAGACUAAAACAUUUCGGCUUUAACUUAUAAAAGUAUUUGAUUUUUUAAAGGAUAUACUAUGUGCCUCUGUCCCUUCUAAGAACUGAUCAG